CCGGCAAUGCUCUCCCGUGGAAAGCCCCGCAGCGCAAAACUGCAGGCAUCGCAAAGCGUCACUUCACUCGCCGCGCGGCCACGUCGGAUGCAACGCCGUCGCUCCCGGAGUCUCACCACCGGCGACGACGUCGCUUUGCACCGCUUGGCCCCAAUACGCAGUGUGACCACAUCGGCGGUCAAGUGCUGAUCACUACCCGAGGAUUAGCCGACGAAACUACCACGUGCGAAUCGGCCGGUUUAGUGAUUCCUUUCUGCGUGACGUCUGCGGCAACUUUGAACAGAACCAUGCAAGCAGCGCACCUGGUGAGCCGGUUCACGGUCUGGGACUACGUGGUGUUCGGCGGCAUGCUGUGCGUCUCGGCAUCUAUCGGCAUCUUCUACGCCAUCAAGGGCGUCCGCAGUAAGGCCACCACCGACGACUUCCUGAUGGGCGGCCGCAGCAUGAGCGUCUUUCCCGUGGCGCUCUCCAUCCUCGCGAGCUUCAUGUCGGCCAUCACGCUGCUCGGAACGGCCUCCGAGAUGUACAUCUACGGCACGCAGUACCUGUUCAUCAUCUUCUCCUACUGCCUCGUCAUCCCGGCCACGGCGUACCUGUACAUGCCCGUGUUCUACGGCCUGCAGGUCACCAGCGCCUACGAGUAUCUGGAGCUCCGUUUCAAUCACGUCAUUCGAGCCAUGGGGUGUAUAACGUUCUCCUUACAAAUGCUCAUCUAUAUGGCGAUUGUUCUUUACGCACCGGCACUUGCACUUUCCCAAGUUACGGGAAUCAGCGUAUGGACGUCGGUACUUUCCAUAGGCAUUGUCUGCACUUUCUACACAAGCAUUGGCGGAAUGAAAGCUGUCGUGUGGACGGACGUGUUCCAAAUAUGCCUCAUGUUUGGCUCCAUGCUCAUGAUCGCCAUCCGCGGAGCGCACGACAUCGGUGGUAUGAAGGUCGUCUACAACAGGGCCUCCGAUGGCAACAGAGUCGAGUUCUUCAACUUCAGCCUCGACCCGACCGAGAGGCACACCGUCUGGGGUCUCUUCAUCGGCUGCUUCUUCACUUGGAUGUCGGUGUACGCAGUCAGCCAAGCAAUGGUCCAGCGAUACCUCACAGUUACCAGCAUGAAAGGGGCUCGAAUCGCCAUCUGGAUCAAUCUUCCUGGACUGGCGUUCUUGAUGUUGAUCUGUGCUCUGGCCGGCCUGGUCAUGUACGCCCGGUACCAAGAUUGCGACCCGCUGCUGACCAAGAAGGCGACAGCCCCUGACCAGCUACUUCCUCUCUACGUCAUGGACAUCCUCGGAAGUCUGCACGGAAUUCCUGGCCUAUUUGUCUCCGGCAUAUUCAGCGGCGCUCUGAGUACGGUUUCGUCCGGUGUGAACUCUCUGGCUGCCGUCACACUCGAAGACAUCAUCAAGAGGUAUAUCAAGAAGGACAUGAGUGACCGCUAUGCUACGAAUCUCACGAAAAUGAUCGCCAUGUCGUUCGGCCUGGUCGCCAUUGCUCUCGUCUACGGAGCCCAAAUGAUGGGCAACGUUCUUCAAGCUGCACUCUCCAUCUUCGGUAUUGUCGGUGGGCCGCUUCUGGGUGUCUUCACGCUAGGGAUCUUCUUCCCCUGCGCCAACAGCAUUGGCGCCGGAGUUGGCACCAUCACCUCCCUGGUGGUUUGUUUCUGGAUCGGCUUCGGCGCGUUCGCCACGAAGCCAGCGGUGCGCAAGGCCCCCGUCUCGGUGCUCGGAUGCAUCGGCGACUACCUGAACGCCACGGGACAGGACGUUAACAACAUCACCUACCCCAGGCCUGUCGACGUUGCUGACGCCAAUGCACGAUGCUGUGAGAUACGAGGCCUUAACCUCAGAGUGGGAGCAUCUGUGCACCUGCAUAGCUCCAUACGGUCACGCAAACUUGAAGCGCGAUUGCUCUGACGUAUCGCAACCCGCAUUGUCGCUCCUCAGCAACACGUGACCACGUAAAACACGGUGGCAAUACCACAAGGACAUCCUCUUCCUCUAUCGGAUAUCGUAUGUCUGGUACAGCAUGA